UGUGCAAUCAGCCUUGACAGUCUUGAUUCAAGGCAGUCAACCGCGAGGUGCCAUGUCAACUAGCGGUGAUGUAUGACUUAAGUGUGCACUGUCGCCCUCAAAUUCGUGGACAGGAGCAACCACGGAAUGACUGACUUGACCCUCAACCCAAAGAAAACCGAUACUCCGAGUGAAGAGAGCUUCGUCCUCCUCGGCCAGACGUCGAGCACAAUGCAGAAAGUCCGCGUUGGUGCUGUGCAAGCUGAGCCGGGAUGGCUCGACUUGGAGGAGAGUGUGGAAAAGACACUGUCUCUGAUACAACAAGCAUCAGAGAAAGGAGUCAAUGUACUUGGCUUUCCAGAAGUCUGGAUCCCCGGGUAUCCGUGGUCAUUAUGGACGAACAGUGUCAUCGACAACACUGAGAUGGUUCACAAGUACAUGGCCAACUCUCUCGUUCGUGACUCGCCUCAAAUGCGAAGGAUACAGCAAGCAGUCAAGGACGCAGGAAUGGUUGUCGUCCUAGGCUACAGUGAGCGGGAUGGGGCAAGCUUGUAUAUGGGACAAUCUUUCAUCGCGACGACAGGCGAGAUCGUCCACCAUCGCCGGAAGAUCAAGCCUACUCAUGUGGAACGAACACUGUGGGGUGAAGGCCAAGCCGAAUCCUUGACCACUGUUAUUGACAGUCCGUUUGGCAAGAUUGGCGGCUUGAAUUGCUGGGAACAUCUCCAGCCACUACUGCGGUACUAUGAGUACGCACAAGGCGUGCAAAUCCAUAUCGCAAGCUGGCCAGCAGAAUUCUGCAUGCCAGAUCCGAAAGUGAUGGCCUGGCAAUAUCACGAGACAGGAGAGGCCAGCUACCGGGCAAGUCAAUUCAUGGCAAUUGAAGGACAGACAUUUGUUGCCGUCGCAUCGCAAAUCCUGACUGAGAAGAAUCUCGAGAAAAAUCAUCUGGUGGGCAAACCACCAAUCAAGACACCUGGCGGCGGGUUUUCGAUGAUAUUUGGUCCGGAUGGCAAGCCCUUAGUAGAACCUUUGGAAGAUGGCGAGGAAGGAAUUCUGGUGGCCGAUGUUGAUCUGAGAGACAUCGACCGAGCGAAGGCUUUCAUCGACACUGUUGGACACUAUGCCAGACCGGAUUUGUUGAGCCUAUUGGUCAAUCCCACCGCCGAUUCGUGCGUCACAACGAUGAAGAAGUAACGACCUGCUAGCCUCUGUCACACUCGUGGCAAUAUGUAGCAGGUUCAAGCGGAAAAUAUUGAGGAGGAUCAG